AUGAAGGCACUUGCGAGAAGCUACCUAUGGUGGCCAGGGUUGGAUAAGGAUAUAGAAGAUCAAGUUAAAGGAUGCCAAGUUUGCCAGCAGACCAGAUCUGAGAUGCCACAAGCCCCAGUACAUCGCUGGGAGACCACGCAGACCCCUUGGUCUAGGAUUCACGUAGACUAUGCUGGACCUUUCCAAGGACAGGUGUUCCUCAUUGUAGUGGACAGUCACUCAAAGUGGCUUGAGGUAGCACCUGUCCCUACCAGGACCAUCCAGAAACUGCGCAGAAUCUUUGCCACACAUGGCUUACCUGAUGUAAUUGUAUCAGAUAAUGGGGCACAAUUUACUGCUGCUGAAUUUCAGUCAUUUCUAAGGUCUAAUAUGAUUAGACAUGCCACCUCUGCCCCAUUUCACCUGGCCUCUAAUGGUCAAGCGGAGAGGAUGGGAAUGCAGAUUGUUCCAUUGCUGUCAUCAGAGUUCCAUGAUGAAUCCCACUGGGAGAAACCCUAUGAAUUCUAUCCUGAGCAUUUUCUUGAUGCUGAAGGAAAAUUUGUGAAAAGAGAUGCGUUUAUGCCUUUCUCUGCAGGCUGGACACCAAAGGCAGAAGAUAAAGAAAAUGAAGUGGAAAUCCUUAGCACAAACUUUGAAAAGCCUCUCGUUUUCACUUCAGGUCUUGUUUUUGCUCAUGGCGAGAACUGGAAAGUGAUGCGACGGUUCACAUUAUCCACAUUACGGGAAUACGGAAUGGGAAGGAAGACCAUUGAAGACAAAAUCACAGAAGAGUGUAGUGUCUUAACAAAGACAAUGGAGACUUAUGCAGGAAAACCCUUUGACAUCACAACAAUUCUGACUGCUGCUGUUUCUAACAUCAUUAUUUCUAUCCUACUCGGGAAACGCUAUGAAUAUGAAGAUGCCAAAUUUCUACAACUACUGAAGGCAAACAGUGAAAAUAUUCAGCUUUCAGGAAGCCCUGCUAUAUUGCUAUAUAAUUUGUUUCCCAUGUUGGGGUUCCUUUUGGCUACUCCUAAAUCAAUGAUAAAGAAUCAGAGUAAACUUCAUGAUUUCAUACAGACCAUCCUCAAACAAUAUUUACAAGAUCUUGAUGAAAAUGACCAGAGCAAUUUGAUUGAAUCAUUUCUUGUUCGGCAAAGAGAAGAGAAUAUGAAGAUGAAAAAUGAUGGAUAUUUCCGUAAUGAAAACCUUAUAGGUCUCGUAGAUGACUUAUUUGGUGCUGGUACAGAAACAAUAGCAAACACUAUGUGCUGGGCCAUACUCCUAAUGAUGAAGUAUCCAGAAAUUCAGAGUAAAGUCCAAGAAGAAAUUGCAAAAGAGAUUGGCGACCUCCAGCCAACGACAGAAGACAGAGCAAAAAUGCCUCAUACCGAUGCCGUAAUUCAUGAAAUUCAAAGGUUUGCUGACAUUGUUCCCACCAAUUUGCCACAUGCAACCACCAUGGAUGUAACUUUCAAGGGUUUCUUCAUCCCCAAGGGCAUGUACAUCAUUCCAUUACUGACUUCUGUGCUCCAUGAUGAAUCUCAGUGGGAGAAGCCUCAUGACUUCUAUCCUGAGCAUUUUCUUGACUCUGAAGGAAAAUUUGUGAAAAGGGAUGCAUUCAUGCCAUUUUCCGCAGGUCGGAGAAUAUGUGCUGGUGAGAACCUUGCCAAAAUGGAGCUCUUCCUCUUCUUCACCACCUCUUCUGCUUCCCCCCAAGACUUGGCCAUCAGAGCUUUUAUGGCCCCAGGUUCCUUGCUGAUUCCAAAUGCCAGUUUGGUAUGA